AUGGAAGAUUCCGAUGUGCCCCCGCUGAACCUUCCCGAAGAAGAGGCCCCCUUGCCAAGCAGCUUGAGCCGCCCAACCGCCAACAGCGCGAGCGUGCCGGCGCUGACACUGCGUCGGCGCAGCUCACAUCGUUUGUCCGUCAGCCAUCGGCGCAGCUCAUCGCUGGGGCUCAGCUUUGAGGAGGUCCUCCUGCAGAUUCAGGGCUUGCAGGAGAGGCUUCUCCACAUUUACGAAACGGAUUCGAGACAGAAGUCGAAGUCUGCCACUGCAGAGUCUGCCCGGAAAAAUGGAUCGCCACCCGCUUCCCGGGCGCAUUCGCAACAAUCACCUCGAGAGUCUGUUCCGCUGGGGGUCCAAUUGCAGCCAGAGCUGGAGCCUGAGGAGCUACCAAUGACCCAGCGCAAGUCGAACAUGUCCACGGCUUCCAGGCGGCUGGCCACACAUAUGGCACAGGCCGCUGUACAAAGGGCCACUUCAGAUUUGUGUGAAGACGCAGCCUUCCGAAUCGGCAUAGAGUGGGACUUGCGCGAUGACCAGCUCGUGGAUCUCCAGACAAAUCACGCGAUCACCUCCCCAAAGACCCAGACGGUCACCACCAGCCAGCGAAGGAUGCGCAUGUCUUCGAUGACACUGGAUCCAGGUUGUGCCGUCAGCCCAGAGUCAUCGAGCAGGGUCCUGUGGGAUUGCAUCGCUAUGGUGGUGCUCCUCUUUGAGGUCCUGACGGUCCCACUGCAAGUCUACAACUUGGCUCCGGAUACGAAGGAGGUCUUGGACCUGCUUCAUUGGGUGACCACGGGCUACUGGCUAUUGGAUGUCCCCGCAUCGUUCCUCACGGCCGUGUAUAUCAAUGAUGUCCUUCACACUCAGCUCAAAGAUGUGGCAAGAGUCUACCUGAAGUCCUGGUUUUGCUUCGAUAUGCUCAUGUUGGCUCCGGAGCUGUUUAUCAUCUUCACCUUGUCCAACAGCUCCGAACUGGAAGUGUCCGGUGUCUUGCGCACCUUGCGCGCUCGGCGCCUGGUGCGGCUGGUGCGCUUUGUGAAGGUCUUGAGGUUUCGGAAGUCGAUGAACUUGAUCAAGCAGAUGAGUUGCUACAGGCAGUUCAGAUUGUUCUUUCACGGGUGGAUUUCCUCCACACUGACGCCCGUACUUUCGCUGGUGCUUUGCCUGAUGAUCGCCGUGCAUUUCCUGGCCGGUUUAUGGUUCCUAGCAGGGGAUGUGGACACUGGCUGGGUGUGCCUGGAAGGGUUGCAUGAAGCCAGCUUUGCUCGCCAGUAUCUCCGAAGCGUUGAGUGGGCCUUGUCUCGGCUGCCAGCCUCUUCCUUGAAGGGCAAUGUGGAACUCAAUACGGCCUUCGAGCGCUGGUUGGCCAUCAUCGCAACCGGCAUCGCUUUGAUCAUCUCCUCAUUAUUUGUCAGCGUCUUGACCAAUUUGAUGGCCAAUGCAGCUCGCCGAACGCGGAAGAUGACACAGAUUCUGGAGUCUGUGAGGAAGUACUGUGGAGCAUGUGGCGUCUCCGCAGGCCACACCCGGAAGAUCAAGCACCUCGUGGAACGUGAUCAUCUGCGUGCAAGCAUCCAAAACCAUAUGGAGUUCUUGCUGGCACUGCCUGAGGGGCUGGUCGUGGAGCUGUUCCACGAAGCCCGUGCCAAGACUCUGGCUUUCCACCCCUUCUUUUCAGAGAUUGGGAGCGCGAACCUAGUAAUGGAAUCGCACCUGUGCAACAAAGCGGUGAAGGAGCUCUACCUUCUAGAGAGGGACUUGAUGUUCUAUGCGAAUCAGAAGGGCCAAGGCAUCUACAUCAUUGCUGCAGGGGCUGCUGGUUAUAUCUCCGGGGCAGAUGGUUCAGAUUCACAGCUUCGCGGUGAGGACGAGGCCUUGCCGUCCUCCAUGUUCUUCAACGUCCUCACCAAUCACGGGCAUCGUAAGUCGAAUGAAUCUGCAGGACAAUUGAAGGCUCUCCAAGACGCCAAUCAUCCUGUGGGAAUUUCAUCUGGAGAAUAUGUCAGUGAGCAAUCCUUGUGGAUCAGAGGGUGGAAACACCAUGGGCGACUGGAAGCGACGGUGGAAAGCCGGGCCUUGCAUUUGCCGACCCGAGAAGUUUACUUGGUACUGCAGGAUCAUGCGGAUGCAUUGGUGAAGCGGACCGCAUUUGGAGCCAAGCAAGAGCGGUACGCGUUUUUUCCCAUCCCACGGCUGAACAGCUUCAAUUUUCGGCUCCCCUUAGAUGGAAGGCCUUAG